AUGUCAAAUAGUGACAUUCAAACACAAGAAACAUAUGGCGACAAGCCAGCCAAUGAAAAAAUCUCAGACUCGUCUUCAGAUAACUCAAACGAAAUCUACAUUCCAGAAAAUGACGAUAUCCCAUUAUCUCUUACAGAAAAACCACAACCAUUCCAUAAUCCAAAAGAAAAAGAAGAAGAUGAAGAAGACCACCAUCAUGCCCAUCAACACAAUCCAGAUGAACCAGUGCCACUAGAAUCCCUCGAUUGGGACAGCCCCGAUGACCCGGAAAACCCGCAAAAUUGGAGCAACCUGAAAAAAUGGGUCAUCACCAUGACAGCUGCCUUUAUGUGUCUCUCCGUCACUUGCGGCUCUUCCCUCUUCGUCUCAGGAACUUUCGAUAUGAUGGUUAAGUUCCAUGCCUCUCAAACUCUAGUCCUUUCCGGUCUUACCUUUUACCUCAUUGGUCUCUCACUCGGCCCUGUUCUCGGUGCCCCCCUUUCAGAGAUUUUUGGCCGUAAAAUCGUUUACCUUACCUCCAUGCCCAUCUCCAUGCUUUUCGUCAUGGGCGUUGGUCUUUCCACAAACAUUUGGUCCGUUCUUAUUCUUCGUUUCUUCUCGGGCUUUUUCGCCUCCCCAGUCAUGGCCAUUGCUGGUGGUACCAUUAGUGAUCUCUGGUCCAUUGAAAUGCUUGGCGUUACAAUGACUGCCUUUUGCUUUGCUCCCUUUGCAGGCCCUGUUCUUGGUCCCAUCAUGGGCGGCUUUGCUGUUGCUGCUAAAGGCUGGAAGUGGACCAUGUGGAUCAGUCUCAUGCUUUCUGGCGUCACUAUCCCCUUCAUUAUCUGGAUGCCUGAGACUUAUAAGCGCACCAUUAUGCGUCGCCGUGCCAAGAAGCGUGGUAUUACAAUCCAAAAGCCCAAGAUGGGCCUCGGCGGCUUCCUCAAACUCAUUCUAGUUCUUACUGUUCUCCGUCCUCUUCAAAUGCUUUUCGCCCGUGAACCCAUUGUUAUUGUACUUUCCAUCUACUCUGCCUUUGUUUUUGCCAUUCUCUUCGGCUUCUUUGAGGCUUACCCAGUUAUCUAUACUGGAGUCUACGACAUGUCUCACUCCAUCACAGGCCUUACCUUUAUUGGUAUUGGUGUUGGUUUGUGCUUGGGUGUCGUUGUUUUCCUUUCAAUCGACCGCUUUAUCUUUUAUCCCACACAACCAGAUGGUACUCGCAUCCCUAAGGGUGAAGAUGGCAAGCCCAUCAUCCCUACUGCUGAGUCUCGUCUGCUCCCUGCCAAAAUUGGUGCAAUCCUUCUCCCCAUCUCACUCUUUUGGCAAGCUUGGACUGCACGCGCAAGUGUCCACUGGAUGGCCCCGCUUGCUGCUGGUGUACCCUUUGGCAUGUCUUUGCUGCUCAUUUUCUUUUCUGUUCUUCUCUACUUUAUGCUUUCAUACCCUACUAUUAUUCUGGCUUCCGCGCUUGCCGCAAAUAACCUUGCUCGUUAUAUCAUUGCCUCUGUCUUCCCCCUCUUCACCGUCCAAAUGUAUAAGCGCAUGCACAUUUCCUGGGCUUCUUCCUUCUUUGCCUUUGUUGCUCUUGCCAUGAUGCCUAUUCCUUGGCUCUUUGAGAUCUACGGACCCCGAUUGCGUGCCGGUUCUUACUUUAACCGCCUCAUUGCAGAGGAAGAGCGCCAGAGAAAGGAGCGCGAGGAGGCCGGCGAGGAAGAGGACGAGGAAGACACUUUGUCCCUUGCUCUCGCCAGAACCAUGUCGCGAUCAGAGUCUAUGGUGUAA